AGUGUUAUGUUUUGUGUGACCUCAUGAGACACUGAUCUAUUUCGCAUACCAGACUACAGUACAAGAUCAAGAUCAAAACAAGUUGGGAAACAGAUGUGAUAGAACCUGCCCUGGUUUUUGAACACAAGGUAGUUUCUGUCAGGAGAGUAAACUGAAGUAACAAUGGCAAUAAAUCAGCAGUGUCUUCAGAAAGAGUGGAGAAGAUCGGGGAGAUCAAGAGAGGAUGAAAAUUCAAGCUGUGACACUGGAAGGAUAGAUGUGAGUGAAGAGGAGUGUGAAGAGAAUCCAGGGGAGCAAGAUGAGUGGACAGAAAAAGAGGAUCCAAAGGAGCAGCAAGUAAAUGCAUGGGGAAGUGAGAAGACUGUUGAUGAUGAUGAAGGAUGUAGUGUUGGUUUUCCUUUUAUGGCGGCAAACAGUGACAGUUUUUUAGCAAUGUGUAAUGAUAAAGUCAGCGAAGAAAAGGAUGUCAAUAAAUAUGACAACAACAACACUGAUGCAGUAUCCAGUAAUAGUUGUUCUGUUUCUGAUAACUUAGUGAAUGUUUUUACAAUUGAUGCCGGUGAUGAUGCUGAUAAACAUGAUGAUAAAGCAUAUAGUGUUAGUUUUCCUGCUGCGUCUGCAAACAGUGAUGGUUUCAUUGAUGCAUGCACAAAUAAUGAAAAGGCUGGAAAUGAAGAUGCUGAUAAAUAUGAGGCCAAAAAUACUGAUGAAACAUAUAGUAAAAGUCCACCUGUUGCAUCUGCAAACAGUGACAGGUUUGUCAAAUCAACUAUAAGUAAUGAUAAAACCAUUUAUGAAGAGGAUAACAAUGAACAUGACAACAAUGAAUUUAUUAUAAGUUAUUCUGUUAUGCCUGAAAAUGGUUAUUGUUUAAUAGCUGCAUGCACAAAUAAUGAUAAAGAGGAUGUGGAUAAAAAAGAUGACAAAAAUAACAAUGAAGAACAAAGUAAUAGUUCACCUGUUAUGUCCAUAAUCAGUGAAGGUUUAGUUACUUCACUUACAAAUAAUGAUGAAGUCAAUGGGGACAAUAGUGGAUAUAAUAAACAUGUUGACAUUAAUGGCAAUAAAGAAUAUAUUAGGAGUUUACCUGUUACUUCUGCAAAUGGUGACAGUUUUAAUGCUAUAUGUGCACAAAAUUAUAAAAGCACUGAUAAAGAUUAUGAUAAAUACGACAAAGACAAUGAAAAUGACUCUUUUGCUACUGCCUCCUUCAGUACCGGUGACAUUGGUGGUUCUGAAAAAAGACUUAACAUUUGGAGGUUUAAAAUUUAGAGAUGAAGAGCAGCACAUGACGGACUCCAGCUCAGAACAAGAACUGAUAAAUCAAAAGCUGGAGGAGGAGGAUGAAGAAGAAGAUGAUCAUGAAUAUGAUGGAAGUAGCAGUUUUGAAGAUUCUGAAGAUGAGGAUUGUGGCAUGUAUCCCAAGAAGCUAUACUCUGAUCCGGCGUACCCAGGAGCAGUCUUCCAGGCUCUUGAGAACAUGAUGUUGUACUCGGUCCUCACUGACUUGACCCUCUUCACAGAGGAUGGAUACCAAUUCCAGGUUCAUUCCUUUGUCUUGGCUGCGGUCAGUAACCUUAUACAGACAAGAGUCAGACAGAAACCCAAACAAGAGCAAUAUAUCUCAUUGUAUAUGGGUCCCAGGGUUCAUGGUUUAGGGUUGGCAGCAGUGGUGGAGUUCGCCUAUACAGGGAACAUCGGCAUGCUGAACAAAGGCAAUAUAGAAUGGGUUUGGUCUGCAGCUGUCAGCCUGGAAGCUCCGAGAAUUCUAGAACUCUGCAAAGAGGAGGAAGAGAGAGAGGAGGACGAGGCAAGAGGAAAGAAAGUGGACAGAAAAGAGAUUUCUGCUGAGGAACAUUUAAAGAUUAGUCUACAACAAAUCAGACAGAUGUGGACACAGAGAAUGGGAUGUGACGUGGAGCUUGAAGCGGAAGGAAGAGUGUUUCAUGCUCACAGAGCACUCCUGGCUGCCAGCAGUGACUACUUUAGAGGCAUGUUUACCAGCGGGAUGAAGGAAAGCCAACAGGAAUUGGUGUCACUUCUGUUAGUCGGGGCCACCAAGUUUGAAGCCCUCCUGCACUACACCUACAGCGGGGCUCUUGCUCUCGGAUGGGGCUGUGUGUUUGAUCUCACCUGUACAUCUCUGCAAUUCCAGUUCCAGACUGCCUUUUCACUGUGCCUUAGCUUCCUGCAACAAGAAAUAGAUGCUUAUAGCUGCCUAGACAUAGCAUCUUUCGCAGAGGCCUAUGGGAUGGCGGACUUACUUGCACUGGCCGAUGACUUUGUCUUGAGGCACUUUCAAGAUGUGUCCAUCACUCCAAAGUUCAAAGAUCUAUCUGUGGAGAAACUAAAGAAGUACCUUCGAAGUGAUUCUCUCUGUGUUCCCUCGGAGUUGCCCGUGUUCAAAGCAGUCAUGUGUUGGAUUGAAGCCUCUCCCAGAAAACGGCUCAAACUUGCCAGGGAGCUGAUGGGAACCAUUCAGUUUCCCCUCAUGACCUUUAAGGAGUUCAAAGAAGUUAAGUCCAUAACAUCUUUGCCAAGAAUUGGUGCCAAAAGACUAUACAAUUCUCUCCUUGAGGAGUUCUGUUCCAAUUCUUCAGAUGCUCAGUCAAAUUUCAGGGCCUAUAUGCCUAAAGAGACUCUAGUCUUGGUUGGGGGUGAGAGGAUCACUGAUAAUUUUGACAAACGUAGACUGUGUAGGGAUAUUUGGUUUAGCAAUUCCUUGCAGAACCACGUUGGAUUGGUGAAGAAAAUAGAGUGGAGAAUGCUGGGAACUUUACCUGAGAAACCAAGGUUCAGUCAUGGAGUGGGGGUAAUGAGGGGCAAGCUUUACGUAGUUGGUGGACGGCAUUAUUACGGCAAAGCUGAUACCAUGAAUUGUACCUACAGAUACGAUCCCAACCAAAACUUUUGGCAAAGGUUGGCCGAUAUGCAUGAGACAAGAGGCAGCUUCACUCUAGUGGUCCUGAAUGGCAAAAUAUAUGCAAUUGGUGGAGAGAGGGACUCAGAAGCCAAUAUGGAGAGUGUGGAGGUUUACUGCCCCAACACAGAUUCUUGGAGUUUUGUCCACCCAUUAGACCACGCUCUAUGCUGUCACGCGGCCAGUGUGUGGAACGGCACGAUCUUCCUGUCAGGAGGCUUCAACAGUCAGUACCAAUGCCUGUCGUCUAUGACCCUUUACCAUCCAGAACGAGGAUCCACUUCCCUGGCUGAAAUGACACAUGAGAGAGCUCUGCACUGCAUGGAGACCCUAGGUGACCGUUUGUAUGUGGCUGGAGGGGUUUCAUGUGAAACUGAUGGCCAUCUGGUAGAUCAAUUAGCCUGUGAGGUCUAUGACCCUGUGGCCAACUCCUGGAGUGCCAUUAUGCCAUUCCCAGUGCCACAUGUUGGGUCAGCAUCAGCGGUCUUAGAGGGGAAGGUCUACAUAAUCGGAGGUUACUGCCAGGAAGACUACAAUGAUACCAAAACAGUGCACCGCUUUGAUCCUACAACAGAACGCUGGGAGAACAUGAGCGUGACACCGGGCCCGAACACACACAUAGCGGCCUGUGUGCUGCCACUACCAGCACAUCUAAGAAAAUAAGAAAAAAAUAAAUUAUCUGUGUAUUAUCU